AUGUCCUUCCAAAAGAAGCUAUGGCCAAACAGCAUAAGCUUGUGGUCUGCAAAUACAGAGGGGCAGGAAGAGUUGCACUGCGUCUCCAUUGACCGAGAGAAAGCGUACGAUCGGGUCUCAAGGCAGGAAGUGUGGAAUUGUCUGCAGCUAAAGGAGGUGGAAGAUAAAUGUAUCAGGCUGGUACAUGAUAUGUAUGAGGGUGGCAAGACACAAGUUAGAUGUGCAGCGGGUGAUACAGAGAAGUUUGAGGUGGUCGGUCAUUUUGCCAUUGACCCUGCUUCCGUUAGCAGUACCUUGCAUCUGUUCCCUUUUUGUUGUGCAUGUGAUACCUGGGGACCGGAAGCCAAGAAUUGCAGUGUUUAUGCAUUACGCCCCUUCUUAAUCAAGCAGUACUUCAAGUGCUUAUGCCAUCCAUGUGAUUGUUAUUAA